AUGUGGUCUCAUCAAGAAGAAGCGAUCAAUCAUGCCGAAGCAAUCUUUGGACCUGACGCCUCUACAUUGAAAGGCAAGUCAACAAGACCAACUCCAAAGAAGACGUACGACAACUUCUUCAGUCCACCAGAGGAAUUAUAUCAGCACAAUCGAUCUAUUACCGUCUGUAUUGAUCACAUGGAGAUCGAGAAUGCUAAGUUUCUCACCUGCAUUGAUACCACUGUGCGUUAUCGCUCAUGUAUUCCCGUGCAGAACCUGAAGACUGACCCUGUAUUUGAAGCAUUGGAUAAGAUAUUCCGCCGCUACAACAAGGCAGGCUUUCAAGUCAAGACGAUCAAGUGUGAUCGGGCGCUCAUUCCUCUGACGGAUGAUAUGCUAGACAAUAUGGGUGUUACUAUUGACCCGACUGCAGCUGGAGACCACGAGCCUACAGCUGAGCAAAACAAUAGUAGGACGCUGAAAGAAAGAGUCAGAGUAGCUCUUGCACAAUUACCUACAAAGUGGUCCCAAAGGUGA